AUGGCAAACCUAGAGGUGACAGUGGCGCCGGCCGCUCAGCCCCUCUUUGCCCGCACCCGCGUGGUCACCCAAACCAUCACUCGCCCGUCCACAACUAUCGUCGCCGUUGUCACUCUUGGUGAUGCACCGCAACCCGACCCUACGGUGACCUCUAUCAUACCACCACCACCACCGCCACCAGCCGCAACGACUACCACCACUCUCGCGCCAGCUCCAUCCACCUCUUCACCGUUAACCCCACAACAACUCGGCGCGCUACUCGGUUCCAUCCUCGGUUUCGCCUUCGUCGCUUUCUGCAUCUGCUGCUGUCUCACCAUCCAUCGUCGUCGACUCCGUUACUACCGUUCACGCCGCCGUGGUUCAUAUUCCUCGAGCAGCGGCAGCAGCGAUGACAUGACCGAAAGCGAGGUCGUCCGCGUCCAAACGCGCGUAUACAGCGGCGGCGGGCUAAAUCCAGCGUGGAAUGUACCUUUUACUGGACGUGGUGGCGGCGUGACCAUGAGUUCGUCGCCUACGAGUGGGACGACCACGACGACGAGCGGGCCGUGGACGACGGUGCCACCGCCGGUGCGGUUUCCGCCGACUACCCGACAGGCGGGAUAUUCUCAGUCCAGGGAGCAGCAGAUUAGGGGGGUGAGGCGGUUUUUAUGA